GGGGCGCUAUUUCUCAACACGUAGUUUAGGACUAAUAGACAUACGAGGUUUAAUAUUAGUAUUACAUUCUAUUCAAUCAGCCGUAGUACAGAUUUCAAGUGCUUUUAAUGACUUGUGUCCUAAAAACUGUUGCGAGUAGUCACGGUUCACAUGAUAGGAUCAAUCAAAUGGAGCGGGAAAUCGAUAAAGCCAGCAAACAUGUCGGAACUGAAAGUGAGGGCUCGGAUCAAAAGAAAUCGAUCGGCACUGAGGAUUUGUCAACUCCAACCGCAAAGGAUGAUUCGUUAUCAAACAUUGACUCGCAGUCGAAUGAUGAGGGCGAUGGUGAUGACAAAGCAAUCGACCAAUCCUGUGAGUUCAUUGGCAACGCGCUGGAAACAUUUUGGAAAGCGACGGGGGAAUUCUUCUCGCAAAGAUCAACGGUCGCUCUCAGUAGUCUCUACAUUCUCCUGGCCGUUCUUUACAAUGCCUACUUCAUCGCCAGCCUCUACUACUCCAUUCACAAUGGAAUCCCGAUGGAUUGGUGCGACGGAGUGGGUUUCCUCAUUGUCCUGACGAGCAUCAUUUACUUUGGCCUCUUCUAUUUUCAAGUUGUCAAAAAGUUCUGGGGUGAACCCAUUCAUCAAAACGUUCUCAAACCAAUAGGAAAUGCUUUUGAAAAAGUUUGGAAGUACAGAUUAGCUCGAUAUGGAUUUUACCUCUGUCUUAUUUUGGGAUUGCUGAUUUUUCUAAUUAUCGACACGGCUGACGAACGAGUGAGAUUGCAAUCCUUCGGUGGUCUACUCGUCUUCCUGCUGCUCGGCUGGAUCUUUUCUAAAUAUCCAUCCAGGGUGAAAUGGAGACAUGUGUCUUGGGGCAUAGCCUUGCAGUUGAUUUUUGGCUUAAUCGUUUUACGAUGGGAUUUUGGUAGAAGAGCUUUCGAGUGUCUGGGUAAUAAAUUCUCUCUUCUGCUGGAUUAUUCAGUUGCCGGAUCAGAGUUUGUCUUUGGCUAUCUGGCUAAUGAUGAAAACACUGCUGGAAUAGCUUUGGGCACCAUAUUUGCUUUCAGAAUUUUGUCGGUCAUCUAUUUUUUCAGUUUUCUGAUUAACCUCCUCUACUAUUAUGGCGCUAUGCAAUGGACAGUCCAGAAACUCGGAUGGCUUCUGCAAGUUUCAGUCGGCACAACGGCCGCCGAGUCGAUGAACGCUGCGUCCAACAUCUUUUUAGGACAGACUGAAGCUCCGUUACUUAUCAAGCCGUUUCUUUCUCAAAUGACUAAAUCGGAAAUUCACGCUGUUUUCACUGCAGGAUUUGCCACCAUUGCAGGAUCUGAUUUGGCGGCGUAUACUGGAUUCGGCAUUAGUGCCUCCCAGUUACUCAGCGCAUCCGUGAUGGCCGCUCCGGCUUCUCUGGCCAUAGCCAAAUUGCUUUAUCCUGAAACGGAGAAAUCUCAAACAAAGGCCGGAGAUAUUCAAGUUCCUAAAGGAACCGAAGCCAACGCUUUGGAUGCUGCAGCCCAAGGAGCUGCAAAUGCCGUGCUAAUGGUCGCUCACGUAAUCGCUAAUUUAAUCGCCUUUUUAGCAUUCAUCGCCUUCCUCAAUGGAGUCAUUUCCUGGUACGGCAAUCUCCUGGGAGCGCCUUAUAUAACAUUCGAAUGGAUUUUGAGUAAAAUCUUCAUCCCAGUAGCUUUCCUGAUGGGAGUGCCGCCAUCUGAAUGUGAUCUCGUCGCCAAUUUGGUGGCUAUUAAGACGAUCGUUAAUGAGUUUGCCGCUUACGGCAAACUGUCCGAAUACAUUGCACAGGGAGUUAUAUCGAAACGAGCUGAAACCAUCGCUACAUUCGCCUUGUGUGGAUAUGCUAAUCCCGGCUCUAUCGGUGCUCAAAUAGGAACGCUCUCCGCGAUGGCGCCGGAUCGACAAUCCGACUUUGCCAAAGUUGCCUUCCGCGCAUUUAUUGCCGGGAGCAUGGCCAAUUUUAUGAACGCUUGCGUUGCUGGUACUCUGAUUUCGACCGUCUCUGAGGUGGUGCCCCCAUCGACUACUUAUGCGCCCAACAUGACUACCUUAAUGGGCUCCUAUUUCUAGCCACCUAUCGUAUAUGCUGUACAACACCCCUUGAAGACAAAUUGAAUCCUAUUUUGAACGAGCUAAAACUGGUAUUUUUCGGCUCGUGUCUAAUUAUUAGUAUUUUCGUAGUUGGCAGGCCUGUUGUAUUUACUUUGAUAGCAUGUGUGUGGGCUUUACGCCAAUAAUACAAUAUCCGGCUCACUCGACAGUAGAUUCAGCUGUGGGUCUAUAGGACAGCUGCCAACCGUUUUGAACUGUAAAUAAAGUUAUAGUUGCUCGUCAA